AUGGCUGAUAGUGAUGAUGAAUACGAUCGCAAAAGGCGUGAUAAAUUCCGUGGUGAACGCGGCACCGCUGAAGGAAGCAGUUAUCGAAGUAGUGACCGACGCGAAGAAAGAAGUCGUGGCCGGGAAGACUGGUCUGAGAGAUCUCGUGGAGGUCGCUCUGGUCCUGACUACAGGGACUACCGUGGAGGAGCCAGUGCCAGCCGAGGGUACUCACCAGUCAGAGGAGAAGGUCCACCUACCAAACGUAUUAGACCUGAUUGGCCUAUUGAUGACAGAAGAUAUGGGGGUAUGCCACAUGACUCUUAUGGGUAUGGUUGGCCUCAUGAUCAUUUUGGUCCUCAUCUGGCCCAUCAAGGUUAUGGGCAACCUAUGGCACCCGUCCCAGCCAGGGAUGCAGUCAUGCCCUUAGGAGCAACAGAUGGCCCUCCCACGAUGAUGUCUUUCAAGGCAUUUCUUGCAGCUCAAGAUGAUUCCAUAACAGUGGAUGAUGCCAUCCAGAAGUACAAUGAAUACAAGCUCGAGUUUAGGAGACAACAACUUAAUGAGUUUUUCGUUGCUCAUAAAGAUGAGGAAUGGUUCAAGAUCAAAUAUCACCCUGAAGAGUCCAUAAAACGCAAGGAAGAGCAACUUGGGGCAUUAAAGAAUCGACUCAAUGUGUUUCUUGAGCUAUUGGAGAAAGGAGAACUGGAUAAAGUGUCAGUAGACAUUGACAAGUCUGACAAAUUGAUCAGGCUUCUGGACACCGUAGUCAUCAAGCUAGAAGGUGGCACUGAAGAAGAUUUAAAAGAGCUGGAUGAACCUCCACCACAGGAAAAUGCCACUUCAAAUGAUAAAGCAGACAAAACUGAUUCUGACAAGCCAGUUGUUAUAGAUGUUGAUGAUGUAAAGGUUAAAGAAGAGAAGGAAGAAGACAAGAAAGAAGAGAAAAAAGCGCCCGAGUCUCCGAAACCAACAGCGCCAUUGACCAUGGAGAUUGAUCCUCAUUUACGUCAACUACAGGAGCAGGCGAAACUGUUCUCUCGCUUCAACUCUACAGGAACUGAACCUGAGCAGGAGGAAGUGAAGGAAAAGGAACCUCCACCACCAGGCUCAUCAUCCAGUUCUUCGUCAUCUAGUUCAUCGUCGUCCAGUUCAGAAGAUGAGGGCGAAUCUACCACUCGUCGGAAGUCGAAGUCUAAGUCCAAGACUCCUGAUAAGUCUCCCAAACAACAGGAAAAGGCUAAAUCCAAGUCACCUAGUGUAGAGAAAAUGGUUACAAAUAACAUUGAAAAUGAUAAGGAUAAGGAAAAAAGUGGAGAUGAGAAAGCGGAGUCCAUCAGUGAUGUUGUUAUGGAGAAAAAAGAGUGUCGGGCUCUGCAUAAAACAACUUCCAUUUUCUUAAGGAAUUUGGCGCCUACCAUCACCAAGGCUGAAGUGGAAGCUAUGUGCAAGCGUUACGGCGGCUUCCUUCGUGUGGCUCUGGCUGAUCCUUUACCGGAGCGUCGCUGGUUCCGUCGAGGAUGGGUUACCUUCCGCCGCGAUGUCAAUAUCAAAGAUAUCUGCUGGAAUCUUAAUAACAUCAGACUUCGCGAGUGCGAAUUGGGUGCUAUAGUCAACCGUGACCUGCAACGUCGUAUCCGCCCAGUGUCUGGCAUCACCCUAGAGCGGCCAGUGUUACGCGCUGAUGCUAGGUUGGCCGCGAGACUCGCACAUCUCUUGGAUACGCGCUCGAAACUGUGGCUAGAAAACUCCGAUGAACAAACUAACGACGACCAAGGAAACCGUAACGAGACCUUUAGCCUAAAUUCAAAGAACCCAGUACUCCAUAAAAUAACGGAGCAUUUAAUAGAAGAAGCUUCAACGGAAGAAGAAGAGUUACUAGGUCUCGAAGCGUCAUCAGAAACUGCCGUUUCCGAACAACCUGACCCGGAGCUCAUUCGAGUUUUAGAUCGUCUUGUACUUUACUUACGUAUCGUACACUCCGUGGAUUACUACAACCAUUGCGAAUACCCUUAUGAAGAUGAAAUGCCUAACCGCUGCGGUAUUAUGCACGCAAGGUCCGGACCUCCUGCUAAUAAGCCAACCCAACAAGAAAUACAAGACUAUGUGAAGACAUUUGAAGGUAAAAUGUCUGCAUUCUUACAAGAUGUUAAACCACUGUCUGACGAGGAGUUGCAGAAACUUGGAAUCAAGGAUACUGAUGCUGAAGUAGAAAAGUUUAUUCUUGCCAAUACCCAAGAGUUAGCGAAAGACAAGUGGCUGUGUCCUCUCAGUGGCAAGAAGUUCAAAGGACCUGAUUUCAUUAGAAAACACAUCUUCAACAAACAUGGUGAAAAGGUGGAGGAGGUGCGGCGCGAGGUGGCGUACUUCAACUCGUACGUGCGCGACGUGCGGCGGCCGCAGCAGCCCGAGCCGGCCGCGCGCGCCCAGCCGCCGCCCGCGCACCCGCCGCCGCCGCAACCCAGGUACGCUGGUGGUCCGGGCGGUCCCGGCGGCCCCGGUGGCGGCCCCGCUGCGGCACGUGGCUGGGGCUGGGGCGGGUGGGCUCCUCCUACAGCGUAUGCACCAAGACAUCCACGCUUCUCUAGACCAAGGGGCGGCGCCGAUUUUCGUCCGGUGAUACACUACCGCGACUUGGACGCCCCACGUGAACCCGACGAGUUCAUAUAA